AUGUUUAAUAACUUUGCAGAUUCUCGUUAUUUUAGUUUACUUUUAUUUUUGAAAUUUUCACUUGCAUUUUCGAAUAAACCAUUAGAUCGUUUCAAUUCAUCAUCAUGCAUCAAUCAAUCCUAUCAUAUUCCGUUAUUUUCGUCAAAAUAUAUUCGAAUAAAUAUUGAUCAAAAUAAAUUGUUUCCAUCUACAAUCAACCAAUUACAUUUUCAAGCAUUUAUUGCAAAUGAUCGUGUGGCAAAGAUAGUUGAUGAGAAAGUGAAAAUUACUAGUAGAACAAGUAAGAUUUUUAUAAAAAAAGCCAUUCUAUAACCGAGUGACAGACUAAGUGGAUCAUAAAGAAUUUCUUAAGAUAAAUAUUCAUUGUAGAAUAGAAUUUUGAAUUACAAUUCGAGAAAUGAAGCAGCAAAUAAUUUGUUGAACUUUUACUACUCAGCGAUUUAAUCUUUGAAAAGUAAAGAUUUAUCUACGAUAAAAGUCUCUUGUUUUAUAGAGAAAACCAUGAAUAAUUAUGGAUACGUUAAUAAUUUCACAAUGUAUAUAAUUAUAGUUCAGGUUAAAUGAUGAUCAAAGGUAUUGAUCACAAUCCUUUCGAUCCUAUAUUGAUCAGAAAUUGCAUAAAUUAGCGAUGUCCUUCGAAGUUUAAUCAAAAUUCGGUUGAAGAGAAAAAGAAAGCAUGUAUUGAUUGCAGUCAUCAGAAAUCCUCUAUCUAAAGUAUUUCCUGUUAGUGCACACUGUUGUUUAACGAUUUUUUCGCACUUUCUUACGAAAUGGGAGUGAUCUUCUUUUCCCUUCGUCCGUCCUUCACCAUAAUAACUUGCAAACCUUGAUUGAUUUUAAUGAAACUUGAUAUAAAUGUUAAAAGAAUCAAAAGAGAGAGAGUGGUUUCGAUAAGCCAAAGGGGUUGAAAUUAAAGGUCAAACAUUAUUAUUACGUUUUAUAAGGGUGUCUUUUUUUAGCAUACCUGGACACAUGAUUAGACAUGCACCAAUACCAAUCAUUAUUGAAGAUAUUGUACAAUAUUACUGACUAUCCAAUAAUAGUGCGUCCCAAUACUAUUGUAUACCCGACAUAUAGGGACCAAUAUUAUUGAUCAUCCAAUAAUAUUGUACAGUAAUAUUGGAUAAUAUUGAGUUCCACAAUACUGAAUUCUAAAUUUUUAACCUUAAUAUUAUUUACCGUCAUAAAAACGUGAGGAAGCAUACCCCGAUCGGGAUUAGGCAUGCACCGAUUAAUGAUCGGUGUUAGGGCAUUCAGCAAAGUCGUUCCAGAUCAGCUAUAAAAAAGCAGCUAGAGCUGCCGAAUGUCUCAUUUUGAAGGAAAAUGUUUACUCUACCAAACUGAAGUGGAAAAAGACAUUUUAGUAUUAACUGUGACAGAAAUAUAAGUAUCCAAAACUGAGCAAAAUUGCGAAAAAAUACGCAGCUAUCGAUUAUUUUUCUACGAUUUUAGUGCGUUUUCGAUUUAUUAUAGUUUCUUUAUAUAUAAUCAUAAAAGUCUUCUAGCACUUCAGUUUGGUGGAGCAAACAUUUUCCUACAAAAUGAGAUAUUCGGGAGGUCUAAGCCCUUUUUUAUAACUGAUUCGCAACGACUUUGCUGAAUACCCUAAUAUUGAUUAUUAAUCGGUGCAUGCCUAAAUGGGUUAUAUUUUGAUGCAAAACGGGU